AUGUCAGAAGAGUGUCCCAUAUGUUCAGGAAAAAACGACCAUGUAAUGUGGAUCCAAUGUUCAAAGUGCGAGCAAUGGUUUCAUUCAAAAUGCUUGCAAAUUUCCGAUCACAACUUGGGGGACUUUGUUUCAUUUCAUUGCAGUACAUGCGCUCGUAAGUAUGGACCUUCAAAAUACAAGAGAAAGUCAAAGAGAUCAAAAAUUUCCAUCGACUAUGUGGCUUUAAAUGAAGGUGACUCGUUUGCAUUAGACAAAGCGUCCCAUUUCCACCUUCCCCGAUUUUUGCAAUUCACUGGUGAAAAGAACAUCUCAAUACAAGAAGAUUUAACUAUCCCCGCAAAACCAAUUCUUAUUUCAAAUGCCAAUUGUGAUGUGGUAGGGAUGAAGCUCCCAGGGCCUAGAAAAGAAAUCACUAUAGAUUACAUUACUGAUUGCUGUGGGUCUGAUCGACCUGUUGAGGUUAUGGAUGUUAUAUCACAACAAAGAGUCACCCCUGGGUGGAAGCUACACCAAUGGCGUGAAUAUUUCAAAACAGAUGAAGAACAUCGUGAUAGGCUACGCAAUGUGAUAUCUUUGGAAAUAUCGGAUGCUCCCAGGCUAGGAACUGAAUUUGAACGACCUAAAAUGGUUCGCGAGAUGGAUCUAGUAGACAAGGUGUGGAACGAUGAACAAGAACGAAGUAAAGUCACAAAAUACUGUCUAAUGUCGGUGAAGAACUCGUUUACUGAUUUCCAUAUUGAUUUUGGAGGCACUUCAGUAUACUACACCGUGAUAGAAGGAUGCAAAUCCUUUCUCUUGUUUCCACCAACUCAAGCUAAUCUUGAUAUAUACACUUCGUGGUGCUUGGAGCCAAACCAAAAUUUUAUAUGGUACCCUGACCACUUUAUCUUUCGCAACAAAGAAAAGCUCUUUCCAGUUGGUGGUUUCAAAGUCGCUUUACAACCAGGCGAUCUAUUUAUUAUCCCAAGUGGUUGGAUUCAUUGUGUGCACACCCCACAAGACUCGAUUGUGAUUGGUGGCAACUACCUAACAUUGCGGGAUAUGUCUAUGCAAUUAAAAAUUUAUGACAUAGAGAGAGUGACUAAAGUUCCUACAAAAUUUAGGUUCCCAAUGUUUAACAAAGUUAUAUGGCUUAGUGCAAUCUACUACGCUAAUCAUCGUGACGAGUUUGAUAAUGACAUUGAGGAUAAAAAUGGUUCUGAGAUACUAAAUGCCUGGUUGCAACAUCUUUCCCAACAUUUUGAUUUGAGCAAGACAAAUCAAGCGGCCAAGCGAAGCAUUCCGACACAAAUAAACCCUGGGGAGUUUCUAAAAACUUUAAGAGCAUGGAAGGAACAAUCAAUGUAA